AUGAGAGGGUACCAUCCGGUGCCCAAGGAUGCGCGAACGCGCGCCGCGGUGGUCGCGGCGUUCGGCCACGCGCGGUGCGACUGGGCCUCGUCGCUGGACCGCGGUCAUCCCCACCACCGCCACGCGCGCGCGGGCUUCUGCGGCGUCGUCGGGUGCGAGAUCCACGACGCGAGCCGCGGCGGACCCACCGGAUCCCUCCGCGGUGCGCUCGAACGACUCCGCCCGCGCGCGCCGACGUAUGUACCGAUCGACCGCGCGGUGGCGAUGGCACUCGACGCGGUGCUCUCGCGUUUGGACCCGAGGGGUUGCGCGGCGUUCGCGUCGACGUGCGUUGGGGCGAGGCAGCGGAUCGACUGCCGCGCGCCCGGGCUCAAACUCCGUCUGCAUCCGCACCAAGAGGCUGGGCUGGCGUGGAUGCGGGCGAGGGAACGACCGAACGGGUCGGCGUCCAUGCCGCCGCUCCCCGACCCGCGGUACUGGGUGAACGUUUUGACCGGGGAGAUGUCCACGUCACCGCCCCCGUCCUACGCGGACUCCCCCGGCGGCUUGUUGUGCGACGAGCCCGGUUUAGGUAAGACGGUGACGGCGCUCGCGCUGGUGCUGGCGACGCGGGGGGCGAGGCCGGCGCCGCCGGACGGACACCGCGCGAGGAGGGACGAGGCGAGCGGGUGCUGGUACUACGAGGGGACCGCGCGGUUGGCGGCGGCGGCGACACACGACGGGGACCCGACGACGCCGUCGGUGCGGCGGAGCAGGCGGUCGACGACGCCGGGGGUGGGACACUUCGCCAAGAUCGAGCGCGCGGCGUUUUUGCUGGACAACCCGCGAAUUGAGGAUGACAAAAACGAGACCGUCGAGGACGAUCCGUCCCUUCCCCCGCCGGGUUUCAGGCAGGUGACGGCGUCGGCGGCGCGCGCGUCCAAGGAGCGCGCGAUGACGCAGCGUAACGUGUCGUUCUUCCAGCGGGCCAUCGCGAUCGCGUCGCACAACGUCGGGAAGGAGGUUGCGUUUGACGCGUGCGAGUUUGUCCUCAUGAACGCCGGCGGGUCGAUCGCCGAUGUAACGCCGCUGAGGCUGCCCAAGUUUCGGUUCAACGGCGAGGCGCUCAAAGACGCGACUUGGGAUCCAUUCGCGGAGCCAAUCGCGCUCGACACCGACGCGCUCGAGGAAGCUCUUUCCCUGUCCCGUGGGCGCGCGCGAGGGGGCGCGGAGGAGACCCCGAAGAUAUGGCUCUCAUCCGCGACGCUCGUGAUCUUACCUCCGGUGCUCAUCUCCCACUGGCUCGAGCAGAUUGCCUUCACGACGGGCGCGGCGGAGGAUGGGCCCUCGGUCUGCGUCGUCGGGGGCGCCAAGGGGAAGUCCAAGGGGGAGGGCGCGAACGGGGCGGCCAACGGGACAGGCGACGCGUCCAGGUGGCUCUUCGGCAUCGAGGGCGAGGCGGACGUGACGGAUCUCGGGCGGCACGAUUCGCUGUCGUCGUUUCACGGCCUCGCCCCGCGUGAACUGGCGAACCGAUGGGACCUGGUCAUCAUCCCCGUCAACCGCCUGUCGUACGAGUUCAGCAGGGACAGUCCCAUACUCCGCGUGCACUGGCGGAGGGUGGUGCUGGACGAGGGGCACCAGCUCGGGGGAGCGUCCGCCAUCACGGCGAAGCUUUCGAUGGCGUGCGCGCUGAGGGCUCACGCGAGAUGGGUCAUGACGGGAACACCGACGCCCGCCACGCUCAAGGGGGCGGGGGUGGGGCACCUUCACCCACUCCUGGCGUUCCUACGUCAGGCGCCUUACGCGUCGUCGCAACAGCUGUGGAUGCAAGCGAUCCAGAGGCCGCUUGACGGCGGGGGCGCGAAAGGCGGCGGCGGCGCCGAUGCCGCCGCCCGCCUCGGGUCGCUGCUCCGCCGUGUCGCCAUCCGCACGCUCAAGUCGGACAUUCGCCUCCCGCCGCUGGAACGGGAGGUUCGCGGCUUAGCGUUUACCCGCGCGCACGCCCUCUCCUACAACGAGAUCGUGUCCCACGUUCGGCGUUCGCUUUUACUCGCGGACUGGGCGGACCCGUCGCACGUCGAGUCCCUGCUGAACCCGCGGCAGACGCGUCUCGCGAUGGAGGCUGUGCAGAACCUUCGGGAGGCGGCGUGCGUCACGGGCGUGUACCCGGUGCACUGCUUCGGGCCCGAGAUGGACGAAACCGUCGAAGACCUGGUGGAGGCGCUUAAGCGACGCGGCCACGGCCACGAGUCCGCGACCGCGAGGGCGAACGAGCUCCGGUAUCCCCUGACUGUCGCGAAGGGUCGGUGCCAGCGGUGCGACGUCGACGCGUUCAUGCCGCUGGUGACGCCGUGCGGCCACCUGCUCUGCUGCGGCUGCGUGGCCGUUGUCGGGGACGAGUCGGGCCGGGGGGUAUCGAGCGCGCCCCAGGAGGAUUUCCUGCACGAGACCAGGGCCCCGGUCCGGUGCCCCGUGUGCGCGUCGCCUUUCAAGAUGCAGGCGCCGGACCCGCGACUCGAUAACCCCGCGCCGAGGCAGGCUGUCCCGCAGGAUCUCAUCGAGAUUCAGCCGUCGUACGUGCAGCUCCCGUGGAAGAUGGUCGACGCUUUGGAGGCGCAGGGCGAGUCCACGAAGGUUGAGUACCUGCUGGCCAGGCUCAGGGAACUGGGCGCCGCGCCGCUGGAGCGGGAAAAGGGCGCACCUGGGGACGGGGACGACGCGGGUGAUCUGGAGCGACUCGCCGUGUGGUCGCGGCGCGCAUCGGGUCCGCCGCCCAAGUGCAUCGUGUACAGCGGCUUCCGCACCCACCUCGACGUGAUCGAUCUGGCGCUCUCGGGCGCCAAGGUGAACUUCGCGAACAUCGCGCGCAUAGGCAUGAGCAGGUGGGAUAAAGACCGCGCGCUCGCGUCCUUCCGCGCCGACCCCGACGUGUCCGUCCUGCUGCUGGACCGCGCCGCCGCGGAGGGCCUCGACCUGUCGUUCGUGCAAAGGGUUUUCGUGGCGGAGCCACUGGACAACGCCUCGCUCGAGCAGCAGGUUGUGUCGCGCGCGCACCGCAUGGGUCAGCGCGGGACGGUCAUAGUUGAGGUACUGGCGAUGCGAGGCACCGCGGAGGAGACCUUGCUGGACGUUCAGGCUGAGCUCGCGGCGGCGGCGCACGCGGCGGCGGAGGAAUCGAGGGCGAGGAAAAAACGGGAGGAGGACGACGACUGGUCGGACGAGGAGGAGGAGGACGACGAGGAAGAGGCGGUCCAAGCCGGUGUUGCCCCCGCCAUAGCCGCCGAGGCCCUAUCGCGUCGCCGGGUGCUCCAGACGCUGAAGCUCAUACCGGUGCCCGAGCUCUUGCCCGCGGACGACGAGCUCGGCGGCGGCGCCGGCGAGGAGGGGGCCGGGGGCGCCGGGAGGGAGUGGAAAAUUCGCCUCCGAGCGCUGCGCUCGGCCCUCGCCUUCUUCGACUCCUCCCUCGGGGUCCACUCGCUGAGCGCGGGGGUCCCGCCUCGGCGUCUCACCGGCGACGACGACGAUUCGACGUUACGCAGUCUGGGGGUGAACGACCGCGACGGGAAGAAGAACAAGCUCGGUUCGAGCGACGAUCGCGUCGCGGUCGGCGUCGGGGGUUCGGUCGGCGGGGAUGUUCCGGCGUCGGCGGCGGCCGCCGAGGCGGCGGCCGCCGCGAUCGCGGGCGGCGGGUUGGGCGAGGGGGAGGGCCGUCAGCUCACCGUCGCGGACAUCGACGGACGCGUCGCGCGUCGAACCGCGCUCCACGCCGCGCGCCAGGCUGUGUCCACCGCGGCGAUGCUCGACGACCCGGAUGGGGGCGACGACGACGGGGGCGACGGCGGCGCCGCGGCGCGGAUGGCCGCGGAUCUCAUGCGCGCGGCGGAGGCUUCGGCCGCGCGCGGAUCCGCCGCGGACCCCACGAUCGCGUCGUUACAGAACGCCUUCCGCGCGAUCGUCCAGGAACGGGCCGCGGAGGCUGAGGGCAACCGCAAAGUGUCCGCCGCCGUCGCGGGGCGCGUGACGUUCCAGUCGCUUAUAGAUGGCCGUCUCGUGGUUCGGUACUCGGCGCCCGACGUCGCCGCGGGACGCGUGGGCGUGGACGGGGAACAGACCGAGAUCGUUCAGGACCUCCCCGCGGCCCUUUUGCCGCUGGUCCUUCGCGUCGUGGCGGCGGAUCAGAGUCCGGCGGCUCGCCAAAAUCUCGCGCCCGCCGCGAUGGCGGUGGCGUCGCCGCGGGUGUUCUGGGCGAUUGUCCGGCACGGCGGCGUGGGCGGUGGGGACGGGAUCGGUUUCGCGGAAGCGCUGGAAAGGCUCGCACCGGGCGCGGCGGACUGGGCGUCCAUUGCGGUCAGAGAAAGGCGGCGUCCGGAGAGGUACAGCGAGUACGUCUCCCACUGA